AUGUUCAUUGUGUGGCGGCAGCAGCUGCUGCUGCCACUGCUGUUGUUGCUGCUGCUGCAGCAACGACAGCCAGCAGCAGCAGCAGAAGUGGAGGAGGAAGAGGAAGACCACGAAGCUGGCAUCCCUUUCAUUGCUGAGGAUUGGCCGGGACUGACUGCUGGCCCAGCAGCAGCAGCAGCAGCAGCUGCUGCUGCAGCAGCAGAGCAGCGCCAAAGCCCGGGCUCGCUGUCGCCGCCCACGGCUUCUGGGACCCCCUCCGCAGCAAACAGCCGCAGCAGCAGCACGCGAAGCAACCGCAGCAGCAGCAGCAACAAGAGCGGCGGCGCGGGCGGGGGGAAGGCGGGCAGCGAGGCGGGCUCUGCUGGCAGCAGCAGCAGCAGCAGCAGCAGCAAGAAGGACUGGGAGCCGCACAGCCUGCAGCAGCCAGCAGCAGCAGCACUGAAGCUGCAGCUAAGAGACACAGCUGUCACCAAGAAGCAAGUGGAGCGGCUGCGGCGGGAAAAGAAGCAGCAGCAGCUGCAGCGGGAAGACACGGAGCUGCAGCAGACACAGGAAAAUGUAGCAGCAAAAUUUGGCCCUGAAACGGAGAUUGCAGAAAGAGCUGCAGCAGUUUAUAAACCCAAUAAGUUCAAAAAGUGGAUUAAAAUCAUUUAUUAUGUCCUCAACAACGGGGGAAAAAUGCCAGAAGACGGGCUUUUCGACGAUGUCUGA